AGAUAAAAAAUAUUUUUUUGCUCACCUUAUCAGUCAAGUAUUAACAGUGGGCGAGAUAAUAUAAUUCAGAUUUUCCUUACUGGAGGGAUGUGACUACAUGGACAUCAUUUACCAGCUUUCAUCACUACCACCGCCUGAGACGAAGACGAAGAAGAAGAAGAAGAAGAAGAAGAAGAAGACGAGGAAGAAGUGGCAGUGAGCCAGGCAGCUCAACCAACCAGUGUGCUGCCUGCCUCAGUGAACGCAGCCGCGGAGCACCAAGAGGCGCAGAGAGGUGCGACAGCUGUCAAAAAAAAAAAGAGACAUAAACAGGAUUAUUAAGAGUCGCUGACGGCUGAAGCUCGCCCUCGGCCCGUCGGAAGGAGAAAAGCCGCAGUCAUGCUCUCCUAGCUGCUGCAGAGAGAGCUGAACACCCCAGCGUUUAUCACAGUCGAGGUGUCCUCUUCGUGUGUCAACAUGUCGGAUAAGAUGUCCAGCUUCCUGCAUAUUGGGGACAUCUGCUCCCUGUAUGCAGAGGGAUCCACCAACGGUUUCAUCAGCACCCUGGGAUUGGUGGAUGACCGCUGUGUGGUCCAGCCUGACGCAGGGGACCUCAACAACCCUCCCAAGAAGUUCAGAGACUGUCUGUUCAGACUGUGUCCCAUGAACCGCUAUUCGGCCCAGAAGCAGUUCUGGAAAGCAGCAAAGCCCGGAGGGAACACGGACACGGUGUUGCUCAACAAACUCCAUAGUGCAGCUGACCUGGAAAAGAAGCAAAAUGACUCUGAAAACAAAAAACUGCUCGGCUCAGUAAUUCAAUACGGGAAUGUCAUACAGCUCCUCCACCUGAAAAGCAACAAAUACCUGACAGUGAACAAGCGUCUGCCCGCUCUCUUAGAGAAGAACGCCAUGAGAGUGAUGCUGGACACUGCAGGGAACGAAGGCUCCUGGUUUUACAUCCAGCCCUUCUACAAGCUACGCUCAAUCGGGGAUAGCGUUGUGAUUGGAGACAAAGUGGUCCUUAACCCAGUCAAUGCCGGUCAGCCUCUCCAUGCAAGCACACACCAGCUCGUGGAUAAUCCAGGCUGCAAUGAGGUGAACUCUGUCAACUGUAACACUAGCUGGAAGAUAGUCCUGUUCAUGAAAUGGAGCGACAAUCAGGAGAUCAUCCUUAAAGGGGGCGACGUGGUACGGCUGUUUCAUGCUGAGCAGGAGAAAUUCCUAACAUGUGAUGACCACAGAAAAAAACAAUAUGUUUUUCUGCGCACUACUGGACGUCAGUCAGCUACCUCGGCAACCAGCAGCAAAGCCUUAUGGGAGAUAGAGGUUGUGCAGCAUGAUCCAUGUCGAGGUGGAGCCGGCUACUGGAACAGCCUGUUCAGGUUCAAACACCUGGCCACGGGACACUACCUGGCUGCAGAGGUGAAUCCAGAGUAUGAAGAGGAGUGCCUGGAGUCUCGCUCCUCACUGGACACAGAGCAUGAAGCUUUACGGGCCCGUUUGAGGAAUGUUCAGGACAAAGUCAUGUACACACUUGUGUCUGUGCCGGAUGGAAAUGAUAUCUCUUCUAUAUUUGAGCUCGACCCCACCACAUUGAGAGGUGGAGACUCACUAGUACCCAGGAACUCGUAUGUGCGCCUGAGACACCUGUGCACAAACACAUGGGUCCACAGCACCAACCAACCAAUCGACAAGGAGGAGGAAAAACCUGUCAUGCUACGUAUUGGCACGUCAGCGAUGAAGGAAGACAAAGAGGCGUUUGCCAUCGUCCCUGUCUCUCCGGCUGAAGUGAGAGACCUCGACUUUGCCAAUGAUGCCAGUAAAGUGCUGGCCUCCAUCGCUGGAAAGCUGGAAAAAGGCACAAUCACACAGAAUGAGAGAAGAGCGGUCACUAAGCUGCUGGAGGACCUGGUGUUCUUCGUGGUGGAUAUUCCCAAUAAUGGACAGGAUGUUCUGGAGAUCAUGGUCAACAAACCUAACAGGGAACGGCAGAAACUCAUGAGAGAGCAGAAUAUUCUCAAACAGAUCUUUAAGCUGCUGCAGGCUCCAUUCACAGACAGCGGGGAUGGGCCGAUGCUCCGACUGGAGGAGCUGGCUGACCAGCGUCAUGCCCCUUUCAGACAUAUCUGCCGCCUGUGUUACCGGGUUUUACGUCACUCUCAGCAGGACUACCGCAAGAACCAGGAGUAUAUAGCCAAACAGUUCCGCUUCAUGCAGAAACAGAUUGGCUAUGAUGUCUUGGCUGAGGACACAAUCACAGCCCUGCUCCACAACAACCGCAAGCUGUUGGAGAAACACAUCACUGCGGCAGAGAUCGACACGUUUGUUAGCCUGGUCCGCAAGAACCGGGAGCCCAGGUUCCUGGAUUAUCUGUCAGACCUGUGUGUGUCAAUGAAUAAGUCUAUCCCUGUGACUCAGGAGCUCAUCUGUAACGCAGUGCUUGAUCCAGCGAACGCAGACAUCCUCAUAGAAACGAAACUUGUGCUGUCAAGAUUUGAGAUCGAGGGAGCACCGCUCGGGGAGAACUCUGUGGAAUCGGAGGAGGACGAGGAGGAGGUGUGGUUGUUUUGGAAAGACAGCAAUAAAGAGAUCCGGAGUAAAAGCAUCAAGGAGCUGGCCCAGGAUGCAAAAGAGGGCCAGAAGGAGGACCAGGAUGUGAUCAGCUAUUACAGGUACCAGCUGAAUUUGUUUGCCAGGAUGUGUCUGGACCGACAGUACCUGGCCAUCAACAAGAUCUCAGGCCAGCUGGAUGUGGACCUGAUCUUACGCUGCAUGUCAGAUGAAGACCUGCCGUACGACCUGCGAGCCUCCUUCUGCCGCAUGAUGCUGCACAUGCAUGUUGACCGUGACCCUCAAGAGCAGGUCACACCUGUCAAAUACGCCCGACUCUGGUCUGAGAUCCCCUCAGAGAUUGACAUUGAGGAUUAUGACAAUGAUGGAACAUCUAAAGAUGAAAUUAAGGAGCGUUUCUGUCAGACGAUGGAGUUUGUAGAGAACUACCUGAGAGAUGUGGUGUGUCAGAGCUUUCCCUUUGCAGAUAAGGAGAAGAACAAGCUCACUUUUGAGGUGGUUAAUCUUGCCAGGAACCUGAUUUAUUUCGGCUUCUACAACUUCAGCGACCUGCUGAGACUGACAAAGAUCCUGUUGGCGAUUCUUGACUGCGUCCACGUGAGCAACAUUUUCCCGUUCAACAAUCUGGUAAAAGAGGACGAGAGUAAAGGCAGUAAUGUGAUGAGGUCCAUUCAUGGAGUAGGAGAGCUGAUGUCCCAAGUGGUCCUGAGAGGAGGGGGCUUCCUUCCCACAACUUUAAGCAACAGCUCAAAUGGAGAAACGGUCAAGACCCAGACAGAACCUGAGAAACAGGACAUACUGGUGAUGGACACCAAGCUCAAGAUUAUUGAGAUCCUGCAGUUCAUCUUAAAUGUUCGCCUGGACUACAGGAUUUCCUGUUUGCUGUCUAUAUUCAAGAGGGAGUUUGAUGAGAGUAACUCCCAGACUGAUUUAUCCAUAACUGGAGCGGUGGAAGGGCCAAACAAUAUGCCAGGGGCUUUGGAUUUUGAGCACAUAGAAGAACAGGCCGAGGGAAUAUUUGGUGGAAGCGAAGAGAACACCCCUCUGGACCUAGACGAUCAUGGAGGCCGUACCUUUUUGAGGGUUCUUCUCCACUUAACUAUGCAUGACUAUCCUCCUCUGGUGUCCAGAGCGCUCCACCUGCUCUUUAGGCACUUCAGCCAGAGACAGGAAGUCUUACAGGCUUUUAAGCAGGUCCAGCUGCUCGUCACCAGUCAGGAUGUGGAAAAUUACAAGCAGAUAAAGUUCGACCUGGACCAGCUGCGCUCCAUUGUGGAGAAGUCUGAGCUGUGGGUGUACAAGAGGCAGGGGCCAGAUGAAGGCAUGGAUGCAGGAGAGGGGCUCUCUGCUGAGCCAGAGCAUAAUAGGGGGGACUCAGGGGGAACUGACAAACCAAAGAAAGCAGAAAGCACCAGCAGCUACAACUACAGGGUGGUAAAAGAGAUCCUGCUGCGGCUCAGCAGGCUGUGUGUCCAGGAAGGUCUGUCAGGCAGGAAGAGCAAGAAACAGCAGCAGAGGCUUCUGAGGAACAUGGGGGCUCAUGCUGUCGUCCUGGAGCUCCUACAGAUCCCCUAUGAGAAGGGAGAAGAUUUGCGUAUGCAGGAUAUCAUGAAGCUGGCUCACCAGUUUCUACAAAACUUCUGUGCAGGAAACCAGCAGAACCAAGCACUGUUGCACAAGCACAUCAACCUGUUUUUAAACCCAGGGAUUUUAGAGGCCGUUACCAUGCAGCACAUCUUCAUGAACAACUUCCAGCUGUGCAGUGAGAUCAACGAGCGUGUGGUCCAGCACUUUGUUCACUGCAUAGAAACACACGGCCGCAACGUGCAGUACCUCAAGUUCCUUCAGACAAUCGUCAAAGCAGAGAAUAAAUUCAUCAAAAAGUGUCAAGACAUCGUCAUGGCAGAGCUGGUGAAUGCUGGAGAGGAUGUUUUGGUCUUCUACAACGACCGAGCCUCCUUCCAAACCCUGGUGCAGAUGAUGCGAUCCGAGCGAGACCGCAUGGAUGAGAACAGUCCUCUGAUGUACCACAUACACCUGGUGGAGCUCCUGGCAGUCUGUACUGAGGGCAAGAAUGUCUACACAGAGAUCAAGUGUAACUCGCUGUUGCCGCUUGAUGACAUUGUGCGGGUGGUGACCCAUGAAGACUGCAUCCCUGAGGUGAAGAUCGCCUACAUCAACUUCCUGAACCACUGCUAUGUGGAUACUGAGGUGGAGAUGAAGGAGAUCUACACCUCCAACCACAUGUGGAAACUCUUCGAGAACUUCCUGGUUGACAUUUGUAGAGUGUGUAACAAUACCAGUGACCGCAAGCAUGCCGACAUCAUCCUGGAGCGCUACGUCACGGAGACGGUCAUGAGCAUCAUAACGACUUUUUUCAGCUCCCCCUUCUCUGACCAGAGCACCAGCCUGCAGACCAGACAGCCAGUCUUUGUGCAGCUGCUGCAGGCUGUGUUCAGGGUCUACCACUGUAACUGGUUGAUCCCGGUGCAGAAAGGCUCUGUUGAGAACUGUAUCAAGGUGCUCUCUGAUGUCGCCAAAGGUAGAGCUAUAGCCAUCCCCGUGGACCUGGACAACCAGGUGAACAACCUGUUUGUGAAAUCCAAUAACAUCGUCCAGAAGACAGCCAUGAGCUGGAGACUUUCUGCCCGUAAUGCCACCCGCAGAGACUCUGUGGUGACUGCUUCACGGGACUACAGGAACAUCAUUGAGAGGCUGCAGGACAUUGUGUCAGCUCUCGAGGACCGUCUGCGCCCGUUGGUCCAGGCCGAGUUGUCCGUUCUGGUGGACGUGCUUCACCGGCCUGAGCUGCUUUUCCCUGAAAACACAGACUCACGCAAGAAGUGUGAGAGUGGAGGUUUCAUAUGCAAGCUGAUCAAACAUACAAAGCAGCUGCUGGAGGAGAAUGAGGAGAGACUGUGCAUCAAAGUUCUGCAGACGCUACGAGAAAUGAUGACAAAAGACCGAGGAUACGGAGAGAAGCUCAGGGCCUUUGAUGAUGAGAUGGAUAUGCCUAAGCAGCUGGAUCAGAACCAGCCUGAGAAGCUGUUGGAGGACCAGAAGAGGGGCGAGGCGCUCAGACAGAUUCUGGUGAACCGUUACUAUGGCAACUUUCAUCAAAGUGGUGGGCGGAGGGAAAGCCUGACGUCAUUUAGCAAUGGUCCCCUCAGUCCGGUAGGACCCAGCAAAAACCAAUCAGCGUUGGGGGGUCCGGGGGGCCUGAAUCAUGGGGAAAUGAGCCUGGCUGAGGUUCAGUGUCACCUGGACAAAGAAGGAGCUUCUGACCUGGUCAUCGACCUCAUCAUGAACACCACAAGUGACCGGGUCUUCCAAGAAAGCAUCCUGCUUGCUAUCGCACUGCUGGAAGGUGGAAACACAACCAUCCAGCGUUCAUUCUUUUGCCGCCUGACAGACGACAAGAAAUCUGAAAAGUUCUUUCGAGUCUUCUAUGACCGCAUGAAGCUGGCGCAGCUAGAGAUCAAAGCCACAGUGACAGUUAACACCAGCGACCUGGGAAACAGGAAGAGAGACGAUGACAGCCAGGACAAAGAUGUUCCUGUUCGCAAAAAAGCAAGAGACUCAGCAGUGGCCAUGACAGAGGACGUGAGAGAGCAACUGUUAGAGGCCUCGUCUGCAACCAAGAAAGCCUUUAACUCCUACCGGCGAGAGGCAGACCCAGAGGAGCACUUUAACUCUGCUGACGGCCAGUCAAGCUCUGGGGACAAGAACCAGGAUGAGGGAGAAAUGAGUUUUGUGAUCGUCAUCAUGCAACCCAUCCUUCGCUUCCUGCAGCUUCUCUGUGAGAAUCACAACCGAGACCUGCAGAACUUCCUUCGCUGUCAAAACAACAAGAACAACUACAACUUGGUGUGUGAGACUCUGCAGUUCUUGGACUGUAUCUGUGGCAGCACCACAGGAGGUCUGGGCCUGCUGGGGCUCUACAUCAACGAGAAGAACGUGGCCCUUAUCAACCAAACUCUGGAGAGCCUCACAGAAUACUGCCAGGGCCCCUGCCACGAAAACCAGAACUGCAUUGCCACCCACGAGUCCAACGGAAUAGAUAUCAUAAUAGCGCUGAUCCUUAAUGACAUCAAUCCACUUGGUAAAAAGAGAAUGGACUUGGUGUUGGAGCUUAAGAACAAUGCAUCAAAGCUGCUGCUCGCCAUCAUGGAGAGCCGCCAUGACAGCGAGAACGCUGAGAGGAUCCUUUACAAUAUGAGGCCCAAAGAGCUGGUGGAGGUGAUAAAGAAGGCCUACCUGCAGGGAGAGGUGGAGUUUGAGGACACAAAGGAGGAGGAGGAAGACGGGGAAGAGGAGGAGCAUGAUGCUGCUUCACCACGAAACGUUGGACAUAACAUCUACAUUUUAGCUCAUCAGUUGGCGCGCCACAAUAAGGAGCUAUCCAUGAUGCUAAAGCCUGGAGGGGCCUGUGGAGAGGGGGAUGAGGCCUUGGAGUUCUACGCUAAACACACGGCUCAGAUAGAGAUUGUGCGCCACGAUCGCACAAUGGAGGAGAUAGUUUUCCCCGUGCCGAACAUCUGUGAGUUCCUGACCUCGGAGUCCAAGCUGCGAGUGUACUACACCACUGAGAGAGAUGAGCAGGGCAGCAAGAUCAACGACUUCUUCCUGAGCGCAGAGGACCUCUUCAACGAGAUGAACUGGCAGAAAAAGCUCAGAGCCCAGCAGGUGUUGUACUGGUGCUCCAGAAACAUGACAGUGUGGAGUAAUGUUUCCUUCAACCUGGCUGUGCUCAUGAACCUGCUCGUCUGUUUCUUCUACCCACUGGAGGGGGUACAAGGAGUUGUGCUUGACCCCCACCUGUCUGCUCUGCUUUGGAUGGGAGUCAUGGCAACGCUGGCCAUCGUUAUUAUUAUGCCUCAACCACUGGGCAUCCGUGCCCUCGUCAUCAUCACCAUCCUCCGUCUCAUCUUUUCCGUUGGCCUGGAGCCAACCCUCUUCCUCCUUGGUUCUUUUAAUGUCUGUAAUAAAAUCAUCUUCUUGAUGAGUUUCGUGGGGAACAGAGGAACCUUCACACGUGGCUACAAAGCCAUGGUGCUGGACUUUGAGUUCCUCUACCACCUCCUUUACCUGAUCAUCUGCAGUCUGGGGGUGUUUGUCCACGUCUUUUUCUACAGUCUGUUGCUGUUCGACCUGGUAUACAGAGAGGAGACGUUGCUGAAUGUGAUCAAGAGUGUGACCCGUAACGGACGCUCUAUUGUGCUCACUGCUGUGCUUGCUCUCAUCUUGGUCUACCUCUUCUCCAUCGUCGGCUACAUUUUCUUCAAAGAUGACUUCAUCCUGGAGGUUGAUCGCAUCCCAAACACAACAUUGAAAAAUGGAGCCAGUCUGGCCGGUGAGUUUCUGAGUGCAGGAAUGUGUCAGGGAGGAAUUGAUGAGAACUGCACCACAGGAGCCCUGCAGGAAGUUUCUGGGGAUGACGGUGAGGAGGACAGCGACAUGGAGAGGACCUGUGACUCUCUUCUCAUGUGCAUCGUCACUGUGCUUAGUCAUGGUCUGAGGAGUGGAGGGGGUGUAGGGGACGUCCUCCGAAAGCCUUCCAAGGAGGAGCCUCUGUUUGCAGCCAGAGUGAUAUACGACUUGCUGUUCUUCUUCAUGGUCAUCAUCAUCGUCCUCAACCUCAUCUUCGGUGUCAUCAUCGACACCUUCGCUGACCUGAGGAGUGAAAAACAGAAGAAAGAGGAAGUCCUGAAGACGACCUGCUUCAUCUGUGGCCUGGAGCGGGACAAGUUUGACAACAAGACCGUGACUUUCGAGGAGCACAUCAAAGAGGAGCACAACAUGUGGCACUACCUCUUCUUCAUCGUGCUGGUAAAAGUGAAGGAUUCCACUGAAUACACAGGGCCCGAGAGCUACGUGGCUGAGAUGAUCAAGGAGCACAACCUGGACUGGUUCCCACGGAUGCGUGCCAUGUCUCUGGUGAGCAGCGAUGCAGAGGGGGAGCAAAAUGAAAUCAGGAAUCUGCAGGAAAAACUGGAGUCCACCAUGAGGCUGGUAGCGAACCUGUCCGGACAGCUGACUGAGCUCAAAGAGCAGAUGACAGAGCAGAGGAAACAGAAACAAAGAAUUGGUCUUCUUGGUCAUCCACCUCAUAUGAACAUUAAUCCCCAGCAGCCUGCCUGAAGGCCUCGGGGGUCCAGUUUCACCAGUGCCUGAACACUCCUGACAGUGUAACCCAUGUUAGUCAGGAGAAAGCCAAAACAUAUCCACCCAGUUUGUAUUUAAGUCAGCGUCUGACUGUACACUUGUCCAGACACUCCUACAACAUGUUUGCCUCUGAGUGUGUGUCUGAAGUGAGAGCUAUGUGAGUGUGUUACUCACAGCCUGUAGUGAGGAUGUGUCUGUGUGGGUGGAGUGUGCACCAAGUGCCUCAGGACCUGAGAAGCCAGUCCUGUAAGUUUUCAGAGAUUAAUAAGACUGACUUCAGCUUUACUACCCAGAAUGCCUUUUCUGUGUUUUACCACACUAACAACAUGCCAAAGCUCAGCCAUUCUUCUGAGGGACAGUUCCUCUCAAGUGGCCUUGAAUAUUUGAGGUUUCAACCCUCAGUGUUGCACCAGCAAACUCAGGUCACAUGUGGAUUUCAAGGUUUGUUUGAACUCUAAAACACAUUCAAUAUUUAGCAUUUUUCUGACAGCAAUAGGAAGGUUCAAUGAUAUGCAAUAUCUUAUGAAGAUAAAAACUGUUGUUGGUAACUGUUUGGUUUUAUAUUUCAAAUUAUAUUAUCUUUAUUUAAAAUGUGGAGACAAACGGCAACUGUGAAAAAAUCUGAACAGUGUUUUUGAAUUAACUUUUUGGGCAAGUAUGUCUUUUGUAAGUCUUUGUUAUCUCAGAUGAAGGUUAUACUCGAACAUUGUGAAAUCAUUUUGAGCUCAUAGAACUUUUUCCAUUACUAUUAUUUUGAGUAAUAAUAAAAUCACAAAAAAAACCUACAGAGAAACAGAAGGAAUUCAUAUGACUGCUUCACUUCCAAGCCAGUUUCAUGGUGUGCUUUGUUAUAGUCAUGAUGUGAAGUCACAUAGGAAUAGUACUGUAGCUCCAAGGAGUGGAUUAGAGGAUUUUGGGAGAAACUUAAAUGAGGUUGAAUAGUUUUCUCUGCACUGAAUUAUUUAAUCUUCCUUUCAUACAUUUAGUCCUUAAAGCACUGAUUUCUUUUUUUGUAGCACGCACACAUAGUUUUGUUUAGGUUGGUAAAUGUGUAAAAGAUCCACAAGAGAAUGACUGUUUGAGCGAUUGGGUGCAUGUGAGGGAGAAAGAAAGAAGAUAAAGUUGUUGUUUUUUUGUUGGCGUGCUGCUUGACCAAACUGAACUUUAUAUUAUAAAAUGGUUUGUGUCUGAUUGUACAUUCCAUUCCUGGAGUCUAUUUAAAUAAAGAAGUGUGUAAAAA